CAAUCAAUCAUUCAAGAAACCAACCAAACCAAGAGCCAGCAGCCCAGCACUCCAACCACUGACUCCGUGAGCCUUGUGCUCCUCUGCCACACUUCCCUCCCCACCAGCUCAGCAAUCAUGCCUCGCCCGGCCUGUGCUCCCCUCCUGCUCCUCGCCGCCGCGGUCCUGGCGGUGGCGGCCGCGUCGCCGGCGAACAGCAACGCGGCGUCGGCCAGCGACUUCAUCCGCAAGUCGUGCCGCGAGACGCAGUACCCGUCGGUGUGCGUGCAGAGCCUGGCGUCGUACGGCGGGUCCCCGCAGCCGCGGAGCCCGCGGGAGCUGGCCCGCGCGGCGCUGUCCGUGAGCGCGGACCGCGCGCACGCGGCGUCGGCGUACGUGGGCCGGCUCUGCGGCGGCGGGGCCAGCAGGGGCGCCGGCAGCAGGAAGAAGAGCGGCGGCGCGGCGGGCCCCGUGCGCGACUGCCUGGAGAACCUGGCGGACAGCGUGGGGCACCUCCGGGACGCGGCACAGGAGAUGGGCGGCGCCGGGAUGGGCCGCGCGGGCUCCCCGUCGUUCAAGUGGCACCUCAGCAACGUGCAGACCUGGUGCAGCGCGGCGCUGACCGACGAGAACACCUGCCUCGACGGGCUCUCCGGCGGCCGCGGCGUGGACGCCGGCACCCGCGCCGCCAUCCGCGGCAAGGUCGUCGAGGUGGCGCAGGUCACCAGCAACGCGCUCGCCCUCGUCAACAAGGUCGGUCCGGGGUACUAGCUAGCCCGUACGCCAAGCCCAGGCCCAGAUGUUCACCACCUGCUAGCUGUGUGUUGUUGUGCCUGCGUCGCUUAACUGGCAUUUGUUCACCUAUGUUUGUGUAAGAUAUAGUUAAGGGCGAUAUAAUUAAACUUGUAAUGGCCAGAAUUAAGUUUGCUAAGAAUGGUGUGCUCCUCCCGUGACAAAAUAAGCCCAUUUUCAAGGGGAGGAGUGUGUGCUGUGCUUGAUCCAACAGCUAGCGUCUUUGCUAGUGCUCCAUUUUCCAGAUUGUUCUCUUGGCGAUACUAUGCGUCGUCUUUGCUGCUUUGUGUC